CAACUGCAGUGAAUAUAAAGGUUUUAGUGAAAAGCCACCCGUUUUUAUUCUUAUGCCUUUAAAACCUCAAAUACAGAACGUAUUAUCACGUUUUCCAUCAAAUUAUUUUCGACAAAAAUCUAAUUCUACAUCGGCUAAUUCUUCAAAUAUUUCUGAAGGUGUAGUAUACAAGAAAGUUCUAGAAAACGAAGGAGAAGAUUUUAUUUCAUUGGUUAUGAAUGUCGACGGAAUCGAAAUUUCAAAAAUUUCUCACUCUUCAUUAUGGAUUUUAACUUUUAUCAUUAAUGAGUUAAGCAAACCUGAAAGAUUUCAAAUACAAAAUGUUCUGGUUGGUGGUAUUGGAGCAGGUUUAUCAAAACCAACUCGAAAUGAAAUGGCUGCAUACUUGCAACCGAUUGUCAGUGAAUUAUUAAGUUUGGAAAAUGAAUGUUGUUAUAAAACAAGCGAUGGAACUCAUUUAUUUCUUAAAGUGUUUUUAAUAGCCGGUUCGAUGGAUAAGCCUGCACAGGCGCUUGUGCAAAAUCUUACUGAAGUGAAUGGAGCCUUUGGUUGUGGCAAAUGUUUAAUCAAAGGGAUUACAGUACCAACUAAACCUGAAUCCACAAAAAAAGUUCGAGUCUUUCCAAUUCGAAAAAAUGAUGAUCAUCCAAAACUUCGAAACAAUUUCACCUAUGAUGUCAAAAUGGCAAUACCAGAAAGCUUUCGACCAAAGAAAAAAAAUGCUCUUCGUGAUUACAUGUAUGGAUAUAUGGGAGAAUGUCAUCUACGAGAUUUACGUUAUUUUGAUGUCGGUCGAAGUUUUGCAUUUGAUACACUUCAUAACUUGUACAGAGGAACAUUUGUAAGUGUUUAUCAAAUAUGCUCGUUUUAA